AUGGACACUAGAUGUAAUAUUGAAAUCGAGAGUCUCCAGAAAGAUCCUACUGCUGGAAUUCAAGUAACAGUUGAUCCAGAAAUUCCUAAAUACCUGCACAUUUGGCUCGACGGUGCGCCAGACACGCCUUACGAAGACGGUGUAUUUGAGUUGGAGUGGUUUUGGCCACAGGACUACCCCUUAGUUCCUCCAAGAGUGCGUUUCUUAACUAAAAUUUUUCAUCCAAAUAUCGACAAAAUGGGUCGUAUUUGCCUCGACAUCCUUAAAGAUAUGUGGUCUCCAGCGUUGCAAGUUCGCACCGUGCUUCUUAGUAUCCAGGCUUUGAUGUGUGAGCCUGAAUUAAACGAUCCUCUAGACGAAGAAAUUGCCACAGUCUUCAGGACAGAUCCAGCAAAAGCUGAAGCAACUGCACGUGAAUGGACAAAAAAUUAUGCAAAACCCAAGGAAAACAAGGAUAAUUAG